AUGAUAUCGAGAGUAUCCCACCCGUGGUGGAAAGAAGCGACGAUAUACCAAGUCUAUCCGGCAAGUUUCAAAGACUCCAACGACGAUGGCUGGGGCGAUAUCCCUGGCCUGGUCUCCAAAAUCGACUAUCUACACGAUCUAGGCGUUGAUGUCGUCUGGCUGUCACCAAUGUUUGAAAGUCCCCAGGCUGACAUGGGCUAUGAUAUCUCCGAUUAUCAGAAAGUGUACGCUAGAUACGGGACUGUUCAAGAUGUCGACAACCUGGUCGAGGCGUGCCAUUCAAGAGGGAUGAAAUUGAUCUUGGACCUUGUUGUCAAUCACACCUCUAAGGAGCACGAGUGGUUCAAGGAGUCAAGAUCCUCGCGAGACAAUCCAAAGCGGGAUUGGUAUAUCUGGAAGCCAGCUCGGUACGAUGCGAAUGGCAACAGAAAACCGCCCACAAAUUGGAGAAGUUACUUCGCCGGAGGGACGUGGACAUGGGAUGAAUUGACUCAGGAAUACUACCUGCACCUCUAUGCAUCUGAUCAACCAGACUUGAAUUGGGAUAGUGAGUCUUGCCGCCAAGCGAUCUACGACAAUACCAUGCGAUUCUGGCUGGAUCGAGGCGUUGAUGGAUUUCGAGUGGACACAGUGAACAAGUACAGCAAAAGGACAGACUUCGUCGACGCUACGAUCACGGAUCCCAAGAGCGAAUGGCAACCUGCACCUGAUAUGUGGUGCAAUGGACCACGGAUACAUGAGUUUUUGAAAGAGAUGAACAGCCAGGUGCUUGACCAUUAUGAUGUGGUGACAGUGGGGGAACUUUCAAAUACUCCAGAUCCAGAAAGAGUGUUGGACUAUGUCAAGGCAUCCGAGAGAGAACUCAACAUGAUCUUUCAGUUUGACAUGAUUCGCUUGGGCACUGGUGAUGGAUUCGGCAGCAAAUAUGUGUUCAAGCCUUGGAAACUGAGCGAAAUGAAGACACUCGUUGAAAGGUGGCAGAAAUUCAUUGAGGGAACGGACGGCUGGACCACGGUGUUCUGUGAAAACCAUGAUAAUGGACGAGCAGUCUCCCGCUUCGGCUCAGACAAGCCCGAGCACUGGGAGAACUCGGCGAAGAUGAUCGCCUUGUGGCAGGCAACGCUGACAGGCACGUUAUUCCUAUACCAAGGCCAAGAGAUUGGCAUGACCAAUAUGCCAGCAACUUGGCCCAUCGAGGAGUACAAAGACAUUGAGAGCAACAACUUCUACCAGGAAGCUGCACGAAGUUCUGAUGUGAGGGAGAAGGAUCGAGUAAUGGACGGACUUCGAAUUCUCGCUCGUGACCAUUCUCGUAUCCCAUUUCAAUGGGACAGUUCUGUUAAUGCUGGGUUUACUUCUCCCAACACUGAGCCAUGGAUGCGGGUUCACGACGAUGCGUGCAAAAUCAACGUGGCGAGUCAGGUAAAUGAUCGCCAAAGUGUGUUGUCCUUCUACAAGAAAAUGAUGACUUUGCGGAAACGGCACGCGGAUAUCUUCGUCCAUGGUACAUUCCAGCUGUUGGACAAAAUCAACGAAGAUGUCUUUAGCUACAUUAAGCAUAGCGCCGAUGGCAGCCGACGAGCAUUUGUUGUUCUCAACUUCUCGGAUUCGAGGAAAGAACUACCAGCCUUGAACGAGUGUUUAUCAGAUUCAUCGGAUUGGCAGCUUCUGGUAGGGACGACGCGCAACAAGCGCGAAGAAGGCGUUUUGAAUGCAUUCGAAGGGCGGGUUUAUGUUGAUUUCUAG